AUGGCUGUGAAGGUUUCUCAUUGGCGCAGCUAUCUGCGAGUGAUACUGUCCUGCGAAGGUCAGAGGAUGGAGCAUUUCCAGAGGGCAGAGAACAUCCUGCUGACUGUGCUAGAGAAAGUCACUGCCAUGGACCCCAGAUUUAUAGCUGAUUAUUCAAGAAACCUGGAAGCUUUUAAAUUUGCCCUCUGCACCUCAGAGGAUGCAGUAACUGUGGGGGUUCCCCUGUAGAUUGUGGCUGAUGCCCUCCUGCUGCAGGAGUGCUCCAGUAAACAGGGCCAGUCAGAGACAGAUACCAAUGGGCAUCAGAUGUCAGGCUGCUGCCACCUAGGAGUGCCCAAAGAAGGAACUGGCUGGGAGAAUUGGACCAGAGAGGAUGUGUUCAGUAUGGUGGACAGAGCUGAGUGCAGGGGGCACAUAGUGCCAGGCAAGGUCCUCAGGCUCCUGAAAGAGCUAAUUGUCGCUGCCAUUGUCCAAUGCAGGCACCAGUUCCUCAUCAAGCCAGGUGACCUCAGCGCUGAGAGCCUAAAGGAAGAAGGUCUGCAGCUGUCCCUGCUGGUGUCCAGUGGCUGGAAAAUAAUCAGGCUCAACAUUAUCCCUGUGGUGCAGAGAAAGCAGGGUGCUCUGAAACUCCACAGCAGACGCAGAGAAGGAGGUUUUUCAGAAGGCAGCCUGCAAAAAGUAACACAGUGGGCUGACUUCAUCCCCAGCAGUUACAAUCGCUGGAAGUACUCCACCAAUCGCCCUGUCAUGAAACUGCUCCAUAUUGUGGGCACGCUGAAGGGCCACCAUUUGGACAGCCUUCAGCUACUGGACCAGGUCAACAGUGAGGACUGGAAAGAAGAGGGCAGGAAAGGAGGGCUCACAUUUAAUCACUUGAAGAUGGUGCUGCUGUGGGCCACUGAGCUGUUCCCUUCCCCUGAGGACUGGGAGGACCUGGAAGGGUCAGUCUAUCAGCUCCUGGUGAUCCUGCUUUGUUGCUUAGCAACCAAAAAUCUCCCCCACUUCCUGUAUCCAGAAGAAAAUCUUUUCCAAAGAGAGGAUCUAGACCCGAGUGCUUUGUACCACAGAGUAGAGGGGUUUGCCAGCUCACCAGAGCAUUUCCUCAAGUGCCAUUUCACCCAAGGGGCAGAACAUCACCAGUGGCUAGACAAUGGCAUCAAGACCUGGCUGCAGCUCCCAGCUCAGGCUGGAGCCUACUGGGACACAGCCUACUUUGAUGUGCUGCUUAGUAAGUUCCAGGCCUACCGCAUCCAGGACAAACAGCGGAUCUCUGCUCUGUCGGACAUCUUGUCAAAGGCCAAGAAGGUAGUUAAUGACCAGAGCUGA